UCCCCAUCCCCCUACCAAAUUGUGCACCAUUGUCACCUAGCUACCUAGAUAUAGCUCAUGAAUCAGAGAUAGAGAGAGAGUUUUGAGAGGAGGACAGUGUGAGUGUGUGUGUACAGCUCCUGCAAGCUGGCUGCGUGUGUGUGUGUGUGUGUGUGGCUAAGCUAGGAGUAGCAAAGACUAGGCUGGUAAUAGUAUAACCAAGAAAAGAUACAGCAGAGAGCACAAGACCACUAUGGAUAUGGAGGAGCAGGCCAACGCCGCCGCCACUGCAGCGCGGGAAGGCGACCUCGCCGAUGUCGUGGCCCGUGCCAACUCAAUGCCCUACUCCGCCGGAGCCCGUCGCCAAGCACCACCACCACCUCCCCCUUGUGCGGCAGGUCGCGUCAUGAUCCCCUACGAGGAGGAGAGACAACGGCGGCCUGCGAACGUCGCCUGCGGCGGCGGCGAGGUUACCUUUGAGGCCCCGCCCUCAACCCUUGUGGUCGACCCAUACCUUCUGGCGGCGGCUGGCGGAUAUGGGCUGCCGCAGCAGCACCAGCACCAGCACCAGCAACUGCUGGCUUUCCAGAUCUCUGAGCAUGCGUGCUGCGCCGCCGCCGACAGCGACGACCCCAUGAGGAUCUCGCCACCGCCACCACCACCACCACCGGCUCCUCGUCAUCAGAUGAUCACCAGUUAUUGCGGCAUGGCUUGCACGCAUAUACCAUACUGCAGAAAGAACGAUGUGAGGAAGGUGGUGUGCAUCCCGGCGCCACCGGUGAUGAGCAACCGGGCAGGAGGGGGAGGGGAGGUGAUUCCAUCUGAUCUAUGGGCAUGGAGGAAGUAUGGCCAGAAACCCAUCAAGGGCUCUCCUUAUCCAAGGGGUUACUACAGAUGCAGCAGCUCCAAGGGGUGCCUAGCCCGGAAGCAAGUGGAGCGCAGCCGCAGCGACCCCAACAUGCUGGUUAUCACCUACACGGCGGAGCACAACCACCCAUGGCCAAUGCAGCGCAACGUCCUUGCUGGAUACGCUCGUGCUCACACGCACACCGCUGCCAAGAAGCAGCAGAAGAUCAGCAGCAGUAGCUCCGCUGAUAAUGCCGCGAGCUCGUCCUCCAGCAACAGUUUCCACGUCGAGCAGAUCAAUCCUAUCUGCGGCGACCAGCUGCCCGUCAGUUGCAAGAUGCCGGAUAGCACGGCCACCGCCGGAGAUGGUGGUGGCCUGUUGUUUGAAGGCAUCCAGCCUGACGAGGUCUUUGCAGAGCUGGAGGAGUUGGAGACUGAUAAUAAUCCCAUGACGACAAGUGCAAACGUCUACGGAUCCAGGGGGGUAAGUAGUAACUACGAGUGGCACAAAUUCUAAUCACGAUGCUUCUAGCUAAUCAAUCGAUCAGGGCGGCCGUGAUACAUAUAUGCAUGCUCGACUAAGAAGAUCAUACAUAUCUUAAAACGCACGGUUUCACCCCCUUUAUUUGUACAACAGGAUAACUAAUAUAUUUGUUUCCGCCAAUAUAUGAUGAUAAAACUAAGAGUGUACAUAUACGUAUAUUUUACGAGGUAAUUAAUCAAGAGAAAUAU